GACAAACCUGUCAAAUUCACAUAACCUGCAAAGUAAAGACAUGUUUUGAUGUAACGCCUAUUAAAAUUCACAAGUUGUAUUAACCAAAAUCAUUAGUUUUCACAGUGAAGUGUAAAUAAAGGACCAAAAUGAAGUGUCUGGACAAGUUACCGACAGUCAUAAGUUGUUGUUUCUGUUGCUUUCUGAGGGCUGGCACAGUGUUGAUAGCAGUAUUCUCUUUUACAAUCGGUCUCUUGUUCGCUCCAAAUGUAAGCCACAGUUCUGGAUAUUGGGAUAUGAACCCAGUGCUCCCAAACUACAGCUCGGUGGCUGAAUCGACGGCACAAAUGAUAAUAGGAGUAGCUUCCAUAAUGCUUUGUUUAGUCAGUGUGCUACUUCUGGUUGGAGCUUGCUGUAAUAUGCCAGUGCUUAUACAAAUAUACCAAUGGGGUGCAAUUAUGUACAGUGCUACGAUAGGUUUCAUAUUCUUUGUACUGGCUGUCAUCUGCUUUCUAGUUCACACUAAUUGCUACGUGGCCGGUAGCUUACUGCUUGCUUUUAUUGUGUGUGAUGUUUUAUUGACUGGAUAUUUCAUAAUAGUGACGAACAGUUUAAGAAUGUCUUUACAGUACUUGUCUAGCAGUGACAUCGUCAUUUGAAUAGUGGAAACCUAAAUAAAUUGAUCAAUAUGACUUUAAUGUGAAACCAGUGUAACUUGUGACAGCAUUGUAAAUAAAGUUUUAAAAAAAUA